AUGGAGUCUACUGGAAAACCUGGAAUGGUACACGUCUCAGAGAAAACCGUUAGUUUCUUAAAUGACGGGUACUUGUUAGAAGACGGAGAAGAUGUUAUGGGAUUAAGGACAUACUUUAUCUUGGGCCGAAAAACCGACAAAACUCCAUCCUAUAGUGGAUCGUUUCGAGCCGAAGGUCGCCAGAAGUACGCCAACUCUCUCCAGCUUUUCAUCUCGCCUCCUUCCAACUCUUCUUCCUCACCUCCUUCUCGGCCUCGCGUCUUAUCCUGUGAUACUUCCUCAAAUUACAUAAAACCACAACAACAAACGCAACAUUUACUCUCCCCCGAUGUGUGUAAAAUAAAAGCGAGCAGUUUACCAAGUAUUUUAGAUCUAGAAAGCGACGAUGCUAUCUGCACUAGCCCGAACAACAACGACUCUUCCUGUACCGAUGAUAUUAAAACUCCAACUAGUACGGCUAGUUCUGGAAAGUACGCCGUGAAAUUAAAGAACUGGAAAAUGCCGAAAUUUAUGAGGAAAUUGUCUGAUCAGAAGCAGGAUUUGGAAGUGGAUGUGUUUACUGUUUCGCCUCUGCCGCCGACCGAAGAUGGAUACCAACAAUUAGGCAGUUCCUUUCUAAUACACCUACUGGACAAAGCACGUAAAACUUCUGUUCCUAGAGAUGAGGCAUGUGUUCCUUGUCUCGAGAAGUUAUCGUCGGCUAGCUCGUUCCCUGCACUUCCGUUAUGUCCGGGUACACACAUUAAGGUUCCUACGAUCAUCGAAGCAACCGUUAAUGGCAAUAAAGAUUACAUACCAAAGACAGACGUAGAAGAUUCGUUGAAAGACAAUAUCGAUAUAAAAUCCUAUAUAAGCCAGUCCCGAAGCGAUAUCGGUCAGUUUGAUUAUUCCUCCAACUGUGAAUUCAUCAGGAGCGGAAGCUAUAGAUCACAAUAUGGUAGAUCUCCGGUAUCGGAUCUCCAGUAUUUACACCGAAGUGGAAGCAGUCGAUCUAGACGAGAUCGAUCCAACUCUUACGAAUUCAGAAAUGUUACAUCGAGUCUCUGGAUAUUACACAGCUAG